AUGCAGCGACUCCCAGUACUUCUGGUUCUUGCCAGCCUCUAUGUAAGCGGGUCCAAUGCCGCUGAUAUAGACACAGACAUGGGCCCCGCGGCCUUCCUCUGGCCCCCCGAUCGAGCUUGGGGAGCUGCGCAGGACAACACCGCGCCCUGCGGUUCGUCUGCUGGGGUGACGAAUCGAACAGACUUCCCCCUCACAAACGGCAUGGUAUCCCUUGUUUUGCAGGACGAGUCCUACAGAGUCAACCUAGCUAUUUCCUACGACAAUGCAAGCAACUUCCCGGACCUUGAGCCCGGCCACGAGUGCUACGCAGUGCCCAAUCCACCAUCCAACAUCUCCUCAGGGGCCAAUGCUACUCUACAGCUAUCCUACCUAUCAACAUUCGACACGGACACAAACAGCACGUUCUACGCCUGUGCUGACAUCAAAUACGUCCCGUCGGCCUCUUUCACCACAAACGUACUGUGCUUCAAUGUCAGCGAGUCCAGCACGUCCAGCUCUGGUUCCAGCACGACCACGGGCUCAUCCAUAAGCUCUGCUUCAAAGUCUUCGUCCGAUGGGCUAUCUGGAGGUCAAAUCGCAGGUAUUGUGGUUGGGUCUGUCGCAGGUGCUGCUAUUAUUGCUGUCGCGCUGUUCCUCCUGUGGGGUCGCCAUCAGCGCAAAGUUCAGCGAGAUAAGGUGGUUGCGGUUAGGAUGAGUGAUUGGAAUGGUAAUCAGGCGCAGAAGACAACGUCUGGUGAAUCUACAGAG